UCCCACACAAUCCCUAGUCCUUUCAGAUAUGCUAUUGCCUUUGCGAUAAAAUUUUAUCAAUUAACAAAUAAAUAUAUAAUCGGGUUGUGUGUGUUUGAAUUCGUCUCAGACGUCAGUUUUGGUUUUAUUUCGAAAUGUAGCGUUAGUCGUGUAGUUUUCGACCGAAAUGGCGAUGAGGACAAAUGAGAUCAUGACUCUGUCGCAAAGAAUCGGAGGCAGUUUUCAAGAACUCAACCCUAUAAUCUUAUGGAGCAAGCUGAGAAAAAAAGACAAAGACGAGGCUCCAACAAGGAGUUGGAUAGAAGCAACUUUCCACAAACGAGAGUGCUCCAGGUACAUUCGCCAUACGAAGGAUCAAUCGAG